AUGAAGUUCACGGAGGGAAUGUGGUGCCUCCGAGAAGGUGUCCGCAUCGAGUGGAUGAGCAAUGUCGAGCGAUUGCGCACCGAGCAAGAGACAGUUCACCUCCUGCUGAAUAAGUUCCAAAAGCACCGUGGAGACACACUGAACUCGCCCACCGUCUCAGCGCAGGUCACUUCGCCGCAGGAAGGAAUUAUCGGCGUGAAGCUCGUCCAUUGGGCUGGAAAAGCUGACAAUGGUCCACACUACCACCUAAACACCACCUCCGGCCAUGCAAGCAUCAACCACGACAAGGACACCAACAAGCUCAAUUACACGAGCGGCCCGCUCGCCCUGGAUGUCAACACGGCGGCUAAUGAACUAGACUUCGUCUUCCGCGCCCCAAGCGGCAAGAAGCUCACCGGCCACUCUUGGCGCUCAAUCGGCUACGUCGCAGACCAGCGUACCGAAAAGCACCGCUACGAAGAUGGGAUCUACGCCGAGAAGCAGGGUUACAUGCUCGCAGAGCUCGAUCUAGGCGUAGGGGAGAAAGUCUACGGCCUGGGUGAGCGCUUCGGACCUUUCGUCAAGAACGGCCAGACCGUCGAUAUGUGGAACGAGGAUGGCGGCACCAGCUCUGAACUGGCAUAUAAGAACAUCCCGUUCUACAUGUCCUCGAAGGGAUAUGGCGUGUUUGUCAAUCAUCCCGGAAAGAUCAGUCUAGAGGUGCAAUCCGAGAGGACGACGAGAGUGAAUAUCUCGGUGCCCGGCGAGGAGAUCGAGUAUUUCAUUGUGUACGGCGACUCGCCCAAGGAUGUUCUGCGGAGAUAUACGACUCUCACGGGACGGCCGGCUCUGGUCCCAUCUUGGAGCUACAAUCUCUGGCUAACGACUAGCUUCACGACCAACUAUGACGAGCAGACAGUGACCGGGUUCCUGGAUGGAUUCCGGGACCGCGAUAUCCCGCUGGGCGUCUUCCAUUUCGACUGCUUCUGGAUGAAAUCCUACCAGUGGUGCGAUUUCCAAUUUGAUGAGGAGAUGUUCCCCGAUGCAGACGGGUAUCUCAAGCGGCUGAAGGAUCGCGGGCUAAAAAUUAGUGUCUGGAUCAACCCGUACGUCGGACAAGCAUCGCCACUGUUUGAAGAGGGCAAGAAGAGCGGGUAUUUCAUCAAGCGCACCGACGGCUCCGUCUGGCAAUGGGACUUUUGGCAAGCGGGCAUGGCCGUCGUCGACUUCACCAACCCGGCCGCCUGCUCCUGGUACAGCAGUCACCUAGAGCGGCUGAUGGAGAUGGGCGUGGACAGCUUCAAGACCGAUUUCGCCGAGCGCAUCCCAGUCAAAGGCAUCAAGUACCACGAUGGCGCAGACCCAGAGCGCAUGCACAACUACUACGCCCUCCUAUACAACCGCAUUGUCUACCAGACGCUCAGCAACCGCGUCGGCCCCAACCAAGGCCUGCUCUUCGCGCGCAGCACCGCACCAGGCGGGCAAGCGUACCCAGUGCACUGGGGCGGCGACUGCGAAAGCACGUUCGAAGCGAUGGCCGAGUCUCUCCGCGGCGGGCUGAGCCUCAUGCUCUGCGGGUACAUCUUCUGGGCGUCGGACAUCGGCGGGUUCGAAGGGACGCCGCCGCCGGCACUGUACAAGCGGUGGGUGCAGUUUGGCCUGCUAUCGUCUCACUCACGGCUGCAUGGGUCCUCGUCGUUUCGCGUGCCCUGGAUCUACGGUGAAGACUGCUCGGCUGUGUUGCGCGACUGCGUGAAGCGCAAGAUCCUGCUCACGCCAUAUAUCCUGCAAGAGGCGCUGCGUGGGCACCGCAACGGCACGCCGCUGAUGAGAGCACUUUUCCUCGAGUUCCCUGAGGACUUGAAUACGUAUGCGAUUGAUACGCAGUAUAUGUUCGGGUCAAAUCUGCUAGUUGCGCCUGUGUUCUCUGAAGACGGCGAGGUAACGUUCUAUGUGCCGGGGACUAAGGGUGAUGGAAAGUGGGUGUCGUGGUUUGAUCAUUCGAAGUCGUAUGAGGGUGGGCAGUGGUAUACAGAAACUCAUGGGUUUGACACAAUGCCCAUCCUGAUUCGUCCUGACUCGGUAACAGUGACGAAUCCUACACUCAAGGCACCGGAGGAUGAUGCGCUGGCUGGGAUUCAGUUCUUGGUCAAUGGCACUUUACCCGCCGAGACUAUUGUGGAAAUCGUGAACCCGGGCCGGACGGACGAGGUUUUGAAGACGCUUCGGUUGGCUCCAGCUUCGGGUGGGAGGACUGUCGAGGUUGAAGGCCAUGAGGUGGAGGUGAUUCAUAUCGACCAGUAA